UCUGCUGGAGCAGGAAAGAGGAGAAAGAUGGCUAGGGACUGCAGUUUGUGAGCAAUAAACGGGUUUUAAACUUUUUCUCCCUUUGACUGUUUUUGGUUUUUAGAGGUAUUUUGCAAUGGGAUUUCCUCUCCCCAGACUUACAUUCUGGUGCAGUCAGUAGGAUUUCUCUGAAUAUGAAAUCUGUCAUACUGGGUGCGACCUUUGGGAGGGCUGCCCCUAGAAAUGAUGGGGAGAAGUGGUGCUCACGGCAAGGGACGUGUGUCUACAGUCGUGUGGUCGUGGAGGCACCACCACCGCUACUGGCCAUGCCAAGCCCGGCCCGUGGCCCGAGCCUAAGGCUACUGCUUCUGCCACUGCUGCUGCUCCUGCUGCCGAAUGGAGCCUGGUCACAACUAUGGAAAGGAGCAGAGGUCUGGGUCACCUUGAUAGAGAAGCAACUGGCUGCUGUGUACCACGCCUUGGUGGCUACAGAGCCCAUCACCAGAACAGCUCCAACCAAGGUAAUAACCACUUAUCCCAUUGCGGAGUGGGUGCGAGACUGUACCCAAAGUCCAUGGAGUGGUGUGGCACAGACAUCUACCGUAUAUCAUGUGACUGGCCAUUUGCAUUUGGCAUCCCCAGGGAAUGAUGAAGCAGAUGCACUGGCCCAGGUGCGCUGGCUAGAAGGAAAGCCUGCUUCUGAUGUGGCCCAAAGGCUACAUCAGUGUUUGUUGCACAUGGGGCAAAAGACAAAUUGGGCUCUAGCCUGUCGGUGGGGCUUGCAAUUGACCUUUGAAGAAGUCAGCCAAGCCUGGAAGGAGUGCCCUGCACAUUGUGCAGAUCAGCAAACCACCAAGAGGGGCCUAGAGUGUCUCUUUGCAGCCUAUGCCGGCCACAGGUUAUUGAGAGCAAUCAGGGCACCCACUUUAGUGGACAUGCAUUGCAAGGAUGGGUGCAGCACUUAAGAAUAAAAUGGACACGGCCCUGGACAUUUCGACACACGGACCAGCGAUGGCUGGCUCUUCUGGCACCUUGGGAAAAAGGCCUGGAAGCUGGCCUCCUGUGUAUUCCUAGAAUAACAGCAAAUUGGCCCCCCACAAUCAUGGUUAUUUGCUUCUACAAUCCUUGUGUCCUGGAUGCGCCCCUUGGCUGCAGCAGCCACCUGAUGGCUGGAAUGGAUGAGCUUUGGACUUAAUCUGCUUGGGACUUUGGACCUGGCUGAAUCCUCUGGCUUGAGAAUUAUGAUUGUGUUGCUGUUGUCAAGAGAAAAAUGCUUAAAAAGAGGCUUGACUUUGUCUAAUGUUUGGUAAAAGUUUUGUGAGCAAUCUAGCAUGGUUGUUAGGAAUGAGUAAACAAGUGUAGAAACACUUUGUGCUUAGUGAGAGAUUGCACUAUAAAGUACAUUUAUACAUUUACUUAAUCUGCAUAGGCUGAAUCCUCUGGUUUGAGGAUUAUCAAAAUGUUAUUGCUGUUGCUAUUGUAUAUUAGUAGAUUGGUCAGAAGAGGGGAAAGAGUAAAUUGUAAGGCAAGAUUUCUGGAGGGGUGGCCUGUGGGUAAAAUUGUAACAUUUCCAGAAUAUCUCGCCUGGCUUUAGUAUAUCUGCAUACCAAUAGGUGUUCAGAGGUGGAAAGAAGUAUGGCUUUAGUUCACUGCAUCAAUCCGCAGGGGUGGAGAGAAGUUCAUCUCCAUAUCAGUGGGUAAUUACCUGGGCAAGGAGGGCUUAUCUGUACCGGAGAGGAGAGGGGAGGGCUGGUGUUUUGUUCUGCUGGAGCAGGAGAGAGGAG